ACUUUUCUUCUAUAUAAUUUGGGAAAAAGACUCACAAAUUUCUUCUUUUUGCUCUCUUGAGAAAAUGGGGUCCAAGUUUCAUGCUUUUAUGUACCCAUGUUUUGCUUUUGGUCAUAUGAUUCCAUAUCUCCAUCUAGCCAACAAACUAGCGGAGAAAGGUCAUAGCAUAACCUUCUUGCUUCCCAAGAAAGCUCAGAAACAGCUUGAAUCUCUUAACCUGCACCCAGAGAGCAUUUGCUUCCAUCCUCUUACUCUUCCUCCUGUUGAAGGUCUCCCUGUUGGCGUAGAGACAACCGCAGAUCUCCCACCAAACACAACUGGGAAACUCAUAUCCGAUGCCAUGGAUCUGUUACGCGAUCAAAUCGAAGCAAAGGUUCGUGUUUUGAAACCAGACCUAAUAUUCUUUGAUUUAGUUCCUUGGGUUCCAGAAAUGGCCAAAGAGUUUGGAGCCAAGAGUGUGAGUUACCAGAUUGUAUCCGCAGCUUGUGUAGCUGUUGCUCUUGCACCUGGUGUUGAAUUAGGGUUUUCUCAACCGUCCGGUUAUCCUUCUUCGAAAGUUGCUUUACGUGGGCACGACGCUAACCUCUAUUCUGUCUUUACGAACUCCCACAAACGGUUUUUUAGUCGGAUCAUUACAGGGCUUAAGAACUCUGACUUAGUUUCCAUAAGGACAUGCGCGGAAAUUGAGGGUAAAUAUUGCAGUUUCAUCGAGAGAGAAUGUCAGAGAAAAGUUCUUUUGACCGGUCCAAUGUUCCCUGAGCCGCAAGAAAAGAGUGUUAAACCAUUAGAAGAUCAAUGGAAUAACUGGUUAAACGUGUUUGAACCGGGCUCGGUAGUGUUUUGUGCGUUGGGAAGCCAAACCAUUUUAGAGAAAGAUCAAUUUCAAGAACUUUGUUUAGGAAUGGAGCUAACUGGUUUACCAUUUCUGGUAGCAGUUAAGCUGCCAAGAGGCUCUUCAACAGUUCAAGAAGCAUUACCAGAAGGAUUCAAAGAACGGGUAAAAGGUCGCGGAAUCGUUUGGGGAGGAUGGGUGGAACAACCUUUGAUAUUGUCUCAUCAAUCCGUAGGAUGCUUUGUGAACCAUUGUGGAUCCGGUUCAAUGUGGGAAUCUCUGGUUAGUGAUUGUCAGAUUGUGUUUAUUCCUCAGUUAGGUGAUCAAGUUCUCACCACAAAAUUAUUGAGUGAGGAACUAGAAGUUUCUGUGAAAGUUCAUAGAGAAGAUUCAGGAUGGUUUUCCAAAGAGAGCUUGAGAGAUGCAGUUAAAUCCAUGAUGGAUAAAGAUAGUGAGAUUGGGAAUUUAGUGAAGAGGAAUCAUAUGAAACUGAGAGAGACUUUGGUUAGUCCUGGAUUGUUGAGUGGUUAUGCUGAUAAUUUUGUUGAAGCAUUGGAGGCUGAAGUCAACAACACAAAAUCGUCUUGA